AUGCUGAAUUUAAAUGUUAUAACGAAUAAAGUUCUUGGGUUUAUCCAAGUCAGGUCCAGAUGGAAACCCUGGAUGCAAUGGAUGUUAAGAAUUUUCGCUCUAUCCCAGGCUAUAACUCCGGCAGGGUGGCCUGCGUCCUAUCAUUUGAAAGAUGGCGAUACUUUCGAUUUCAUCGUGGUUGGCGCUGGUUCUGCCGGUGCUGUGGUUGCGACGAGGCUUAGUGAAGUAUACCAUUGGAAAGUACUUCUUCUUGAAGCUGGAGGAGAUCCACCACCAGCGAGUGUGAUACCGAGUUUCUUCGGCUUUUUAGCGAACACGGAGUACGAUUGGAAUUAUAAAGGUUAUUUGGACCCCGGUGUAGGAAGUACACAUCCCGGUGGCUACAUACCCAUUACACGUGGGAAAAUGUUGGGAGGAUCUUCCUCAAAUAACUACGAAAUCUAUUCCAGGGGAGUACCGAAAGACUACGACGAGUGGGGAGACGUUGCACCUGGAUGGAACUGGAACUCUGUAAUGCCAUACUUCUUGAAACUCGAAGGUAUGAAGGAUUCUUCUGUGUUUGAAAAUCCAAGAAACGCACAACUCCAUUCAAGAACUGGUCCCGUGGCUGUAUCUCGGCCAGUGUCUAACCGAUAUUUUCAGCAAAUAGAUGAAAUAGUACUGAACUCCUACGAAGAAAUAGGCGUCAAACGAGUGUUAGAAAAUAAUGGACCUGAAAUAUUUGGUAUAGCUCGACCACAUUUCACCUUCGCAAAUGGUAGAAGGUCGAGUACAGCGGAGUCUUAUCUAAGACCUGCUAAAAAUAGGGGCAACUUCUUCAUAACGAAGCAUGCAAGAGUUAUUAAAGUACAUAUUGACCCUAGAUCGCUUAGAGCUCACGGCGUUCGCGUUGCAUUAGGAAACGGAGAUAUUAUAAAUGCUUAUGCUAGGAAUGAAGUUAUACUGUCCCUCGGUUCUAUUGAUACACCAAAACUUCUAAUUUUAUCUGGUAUCGGACCCAAAGAAACUUUAAAGAAGUUUAAAAUUAAACCGUUUGCUGAUCUUCCUGUUGGUAAAAGACUGCAGGAUCAUUUAACGGUACCAUUAGCUAUAACAGGACGGAAAGGAAUUGGUACAGCUAUUCAAAAUAUCCUCAUCAGUGCUGAGCUAGACUCUUAUCCAACACCGAUACAAUGUGGCUUUUUUAAGCUGAAUCAUACUCAUUCUGAUCGUUUUAAACAUAAGCCACAAUUCCAAAUUUUCAACAUUCAUAUAGGCGCCACUGCAGCCGCUGGGGUUUAUUACGGAUGUCAAACUAUUGCAAAUUAUGACAAACGUUUCUGUUUCUCUAUAGGAAAUGCGAAUAAGAUUAGAGAAAUAGACUUCACGUCUUUAGUAUUCUUACAUCCAUUGUCAAGAGGCUCAGUGAGUAUACAAAGCACUAACCCAUUUGACGAUCCAGUAAUAAAAUUGGGUUACUUUAGAAAUAGGAAAGAUAUAAGAUCUGUCGCUGAGGGAGUUAAAUUUGUGACACAAAUAGCACAAGCAUCGUUCUAUAGGAGCGUCGGUGGUAGGGUUGUGGAGGUAGAUGUUAAGGGAUGUGAGAAUUUGAAAUGGGGCACAGAUGCGUACUGGGAUUGUUAUGUAGUAAACACUGCUACGUCUUUACAACAUCCAGUGGGAACCUGUCCCAUGGGACCUGAUGGCGUUGUUAAUGAAAGAUUAAGAGUUCAUCACAUAGAUGGUUUAAGAAUUGUAGAUGCAUCUAUUAUGCCUGAGAUAUCCAGUGGGAAUACUAAUGCACCCGUUAUAAUGAUUGGAGAAAAGGCAGCAGAUAUGAUAAAAGAAGAUUAUGGCGUGUUAUAA